AUGGCUGAAGCAACCCUUCACAACGUGCCGAUUGUCAUUGACAAUGGCAGCGGGACAAUUCGAGCUGGAUUCGCAGGAGAAGAGAUCCCAUCAUGCUAUUUCCCUUCGUUCGUCGGUCGCCCCAAACAUCCGCGGGUCAUGGCUGGUGGUCUGGAAGGAGACUCCUUCAUCGGCCAGCGCGCACAGGACCUCCGCGGUCUGCUGAAGAUCCGAUAUCCGCUUGAACAUGGAAUCGUUACAAAUUGGGAGGAUAUGGAGUCAAUCUGGCACUAUGUCUAUGAAAACGAGCUCAAGACCCUCCCCGAAGAACACCCUGUACUCCUUACCGAACCUCCGCUGAACCCACGCGCAAACCGUGACAUCGCUGCUCAGCUGAUGUUUGAGGCUUUCAAUGUGCCAGCGCUGUAUAUGUCUAUUCAGGCUGUGCUUUCUCUUUACGCGUCUGGGCGUACAACGGGUGUCGUGUUGGACUCUGGAGAUGGUGUCUCUCAUGCCGUACCCGUGUUUGAGGGUUUCGCUAUCCCCAACAGCAUUCGCAGAAUCGAUGUUGCCGGUCGUGAUGUCACAGAGCAGUUACAAUUACUUCUCCGCAAAGCUGGUCAUGUUCUACACACUAGUGCUGAGAAAGAGGUUGUGCGCAUGAUUAAGGAGAAGGUCUGCUACGUGUCGUUGGAUCCUAAGCGUGAAGAGAAGGAAUGGUUGAACAGCUAUCACAAGUCUGAUGCGAAGGCAGUGGAUUAUGCUCUGCCGGAUGGGCAUAAGAUCAAGAUUGGCCAAGAGCGUUACCGUGCCCCUGAGAUCUUGUUCGAUCCCGAAUUAAUCGGCCUUGAAUACCCCGGCGUGCACCAAAUUGUCCAGGACGCCAUCACUCGCACAGAUCUCGACUUGCGCAAGUCACUAUACCUUAACAUUGUGCUUUCGGGUGGAUCCACACUCUGCAAGAACUUCCCAGACCGUCUGAUGCGCGAAAUCAAGCGCCUUGCCGUCGAAGAUAUGAAGAUUCGUAUCUCUGCGCCCGCAGAGCGUAAGUAUACCACCUGGAUUGGUGGUAGCAUUCUUGCUGGCCUCAGUACAUUCAGAAAGAUGUGGGUUAGCGCAGAUGAAUGGCAUGAAGAUCCCGAGAUUAUUUUCAAGCGAUUCGCAUAG